AUGAAUGCAAGGCUUUCAAGUUUAACACCUAUUCGGUCCAGAGAAAAUAUAUUAAAGGACGAAUAGCAAGAGCCACACCAUUAAAGAAGAACAAAAAUAGUUUGUUCUAUAAAUGAAAAAACAUGCGAAAUCGAUAUAAUUAGAGAAAUGUUAAAGGCAGGUGCUAAUGCACUCAGGUUUAAUUUUUUCGAUAUAUUUAAAUUUUAGUAUAAAUACAGCUUAUACUCAUGAUAGAAGAUAAUAUGAAAAGUUGAAAAUGAUCAGGGAUCAAUUAGAGUUAGAAUUAGAUCAUACUAUUCCAAUAAAUAUGAUGCUAUAAGGAAAAAUUACAAGAAUAGGUCAUUUGAGAGUGCCAGAAAUAUACUUAAAAGUAUAGAGAUUAUUAGAUAAUAGAAAGGAAAUAUUAUUAGAAUAACUUAAGACAAUAAAGUAAUUGGUGAUGAAAAUAUCAUCUGUGUAGAUUAAGAUGAACUUUUUACUUAAGCAAAAGUUGGAGAUAAAAUAUUUAUUGAUUAUGGCUAAGUUGUAUUAAAUAUUACAGCUUUGGAAACAGAUUAGGAGUAUAAUUUUAUAUUAAAAUUGCAAAGGGCUAAAUAGUUAUUAAUGGAAAAAUAUCCAGAUUUGUAUCCCACUGAAUCCAUGUUUAGAAACAGUAUAUUUGAGUAAGAAAAAUCAGAAAAAAGUAAAUUGUAGUCUAAAAGUUCUUUAUCCAGUGAAAAUUCAAGAAAUGCUUCGUCAACAUAAUUGUAAUCCAAAAAACAAAAAUAUAUUGACUAAAUCAUUCAAAAUAAAAAAUAAAAGUUAGCUACAAAAAGCUUAAUAGUUUUCGUAUGUGAAAUAGAAUAAAACUGUAAAAUUCUUUUCUAGUAAAAGGUUUAAUGAGACCUUUUAAGCCAUUAUUUAUUGCAAAUAGAACAAAGGAAUUAAAAUAGGUAAUUAAAAAGUCAGAUGAUUCAGAUGAAGAAAUCGAAACAUAAAUAACAUCUAAAGAUAUUAAUGAUUUCACAAUUGCCAAAAGGUUAGAUUUCGACUCAAUUACUUUGUCAAAUGUUAGCAGACCUGAGGAAGUGCAUGAAGUUCUUAAAUAUUUUUAAAAUAGUUAAAACAUUUAUUAGGUUCUUCAACUAAUAUUCAGAUUUUUGUGAGAAUAACAACUUAGGAAGGAAUAAAUAAUUUUGAUAAAAUAAUGGAAGUUGCAGAUGGUUGCAUAAUUGCACGAGCUUAUUUGGCAACUUGGGCAUAAAUAGAAGAUGUAGUGUAGAUGUAACACGAUAUGAUAUUAAAUUGCAGGAAACUUGUUAAACCAGUAAUUUUUCAAUUAAUUAGGUUUUAAUUUCAACAUAAAUUUUGGAAUCAAUGCUUACUUAGACGAACCCUACUUUUGCCGAAAUGGGAGAUAUUGCAGAUGUUGUUGAAUAACAUAUUGAUGGUAUUAUGCUAUCAGGUGAAACUACAUAUGGAAAUCAUCCAAUUAAGGUUGUAUAAGCCCUAGCAAGAAUUAGCAAAAACAUAGAAAUGCACACUAGAUUGUAAUAUUAAGGAAUUUUUUAAAUUAAAAUAUAGGAAAACCCUAUUGCCUCUAUUAUAGCUUAAAAUGCUAUUGAAAAUGCUUACAGGUAUUCACGAAUUAAAUUAGUCUGCGUGUAAAACUAAUUUUAUUGUUUACUACUGGUGAAACAGCUUUAAGUCUAUCAAAAUUACAUGCUCCAUGCCCAAUAGUUGCAGUAACAGCUAAGAAAACUAUUGCAAGAAAUCUAAAUAUUGUUAAUGGGGUGAUUCCAUUUCUAGUUGGGAGUUUAGUUGGAAUUGAAUAGUAAGUAAAUUUAACAUAAUUUUAGAUUAACUCCAAGAAUAUUAGAAAACUUUAAGUAAAAAGGUUGGAUAAAAUAAGGAGAUUACAUAAUUAGUAUAUCAGGUUUAUUUGGAACAUAAGAGGGCAUUAUUAAUUAGAUGACAAUUUUGCUUAUUUGAUUGAAG